UCGCAAGUCCCCUUAAACCAAGUCAAAGGACAAACGUGUCCAAUUUUUUAUUACACUCUUCUUCUUCUUACCUAGAUCCGGGACAUUUCUCCAUUCCCGAGCUGCUUGACCUGACCAAAGGGGCAAUGGAGUAAUAAUUUGAUUUUUCUAGCCAUCUCCUCCCCAAAUCUCCACGAGCUCCCCUCGCAAGCAGAUCCUCGGCCAUUUCCUCCCCAAGAACCCCAUCCCCGUCUCCGGGUUCCCACCCCCGCCUCGCAAAUCCGGCGCCUCCGCGCCGGAGCGGCAGCAAAGGCGCCGUUUUGAUUCCUCCACGGAUUGAUUGUGUUGACAUUUCCGCCGAAAUCUUUCGGCACAGUUGCGCCAUUUCGGCGCGCUAGCCGGACCCGGCUGGGGAGUUUGGUUCUCGGUGCUUGCAGUGAUGGCGAAGGUGGGGGCGGGUGUUCUUGCGGUGGUGGUGUUGGCUUGUGCGCUGGGAGCUGGAGCUGAUGAUUCCGAUCAUAAAUACAAGGAAGGGGAUCACGUCCCGCUCUACGCGAACAAGGUCGGGCCUUUCCACAAUCCAAGUGAGACAUAUCGGUACUAUGAUCUGCCCUUUUGUGCACCAGAACAUCCGAAGGACAAAAAGGAAGCUCUUGGGGAGGUUCUAAAUGGUGAUCGGUUGGUCGAUGCACCAUACGAGUUGAACUUCAAGGAAGACAAGAACUCCAAGAUUCUCUGCAAGAAAACAUUGUCAAAGGAGCAAGUUGCCAAGCUCCGAGAUGCAGUUGCCAAGGAUUACUACUUCCAGAUGUACUAUGAUGACUUGCCAUUAUGGGGAUUCCUUGGUAAAUUGGACAAGGAUAGGGAGCAAAGGGAUGCAAAAUACCUGCUGUUUAAGCACAUCCACUUUGACAUCAUGUACAACAACAACCAUGUCAUAGAAAUCAAUGUCCAAACGGAUCCAAUUGUGGCUGUGGAUAUCACAGAGGACAAGGAAGUGCCGGUAGAGUUCUCUUAUUCAGUGACAUGGAAAAGGACGGAUAUUCCUUUCGACAAAAGAAUGGAAAAGUACUCCAAAUCGUCCUCUAUGCCACAACAUCUAGAGAUCCAUUGGUUUUCCAUAAUUAAUUCAUGUGUAACGGUACUCCUCCUGACUGGUUUCCUGGCUACAAUCUUGAUGCGUGUGCUCAAGAACGAUUUCAUCAAGUAUUCCCAUGAGGAUGAGUCCCUUGAGGACCAAGAAGAGACUGGGUGGAAGUAUAUACAUGGUGACGUUUUCCGUUUCCCGGAGCAAAAGUCUCUUUUUGCAGCUAUUAUUGGAUCUGGAACUCAGCUUCUUGCCCUUGCAAUUUUCAUCUUCCUCCUUGCGCUUGUUGGUGUCUUCUAUCCGUACAACAGGGGAGCUCUUUUCACUGCCCUUGUUGUUAUAUACGCUCUUACAUCCGGUAUUGCUGGAUACACAGCCACUUCCUUAUAUCAGCAACUGGAGGGAACAAACUGGGUGAGGAAUCUGAUAUUGACUGGCUGCUUGUUCUGUGGGCCUCUCUUCUUGACAUUCUGCUUCCUAAACACUGUUGCGAUAGCAUACAGUGCUACAGCAGCUUUGCCUUUCGGUACUAUCAUUGUCAUUAUUCUCAUCUGGGCACUUGUAACGUCUCCUCUCCUUGUCUUGGGUGGUAUAGCUGGGAAAAAUAGUAACACAGAAUUCCAAGCUCCCUGCCGCACAACCAAGUACCCAAGGGAAAUCCCUCAGCUGCCAUGGUACCGAAGCACCAUUCCUCAGAUGGCAAUGGCAGGGUUCCUCCCAUUCAGUGCUAUUUACAUCGAGCUGUACUACAUAUUUGCCAGCAUCUGGGGGCAUAAGAUAUACACCAUCUACAGCAUCCUGUUCAUUGUGUUCAUUAUCCUCAUCAUCGUCACAGCGUUUGUCACAGUGGCACUCACGUACUUCCAGCUUGCUGUUGAGGAUCAUGAAUGGUGGUGGAGAUCUGUCCUGUGUGGAGGCUCCACUGGUAUAUUCAUCUUCUUCUACUGCAUCUACUACUACCAUGCCCGCUCUGACAUGUCUGGCUUCAUGCAAACGUCCUUCUUCUUCGGCUACAUGACCUGUGUCUGCUAUGGCUUCUUUCUCAUGCUGGGCAACGUCGGCUUCCGCGCAUCGCUGCUGUUUGUGCGGCACAUCUACCGGUCCAUCAAGUGCGAGUAACCUAGACCAUGGUUAGAUUCGCACCAAUCAUGGCUGCCACUAGGGCAGUUUCAGAACCAAAUGAAAAAAUCAUCGCUGGAUUGCACCUGAAUUUUCCACCCAAGCAGCUGCCUAUCCUCAAUCUGAACCUCUUUUUUUCCUCCCUUUGUUGUUCUACUUUUAGUUCACCCUGCAGCUCCCUGCAAGAAGGAUAUAUAGUGUAGUCCUGAUACCAAAGCCAAUAUUAUAAUGAUGUGUCUGUAUUAUGUACCUCUUGUUUAGUUCUAUGUGAACUAUUACCUUUAUGUACC